AAUGGCAACCCACUCCAGUGUUCUUGCCUGGAGAAUCCCAGGGACGGGGGAGCCUGGUGGGCUGCCGUCUAUGGGGUCGCUCAGAGUCGGACACGACUAAAGUGACUUAGCAGUAGCAGUAGCACUAAAAAGGAAUUGAGAUGUAUCAACAGAAAGAUUGAUUUGGUUUCAAGGGGCACAUAGCUGAUGAAUGUCAGAGCCAGGAAUCAAACUAUCUUGUGGUCCUGCCCAAGGCUCUAGAGUAGAAGGAAAGACUGCCUGGGGCAACCAUCUGUCCCAUCAAUUACAAACUCCCCUUCUCUUUAUUUACAUCCCUCUCCUGAGCAUUCUUGCAAGAAGGCUACCCAAAUUACAUAUUUUUUAUAAGGCCUGUUUUCCAGAAACGCCUGUCAGCCACUGUCCCUCCUCGUCAUCUGUGUCAAAACCACUAUUGCAAGAAAAGAGACAGAAGAAGCCCAACAGUGUAUUCAGAGGGAAGGUUCAAAAGGCCAAAGGAGGCCUUUUCUGGAAACUUUGUGUUUUUCUAGGGAAUCUGUUAUUUGGGGCCACAAUGAAAAGUUAUGAGAAGGAUCUGAUAACUGACAAGCUUCCCAAGCUCAAGAGCUCAAGAGAAUGGUUGGAGCCACAACCACUUUCUUUUAUGGAGGUAUUAGCUAAGGAAGAUGUUGAUGCAGCUAUUCAAUCAAUAUUAUAUAGAGAAAAUUAUAUAAUUAAGGAAUUAGAUAAGUGUUUAAAACAUUAUGACUUCCUAAAUGCAAGAAGAAAAGAGAUAUUGUAUAAAAGAUGGGUUGACCAUGUGGCAGAUCCUCUCCAGAAUAAAAUUAUAGAGAAAGUUACUUCGUAUAAGAAGAUUAAAAAAAGGAGACAAGAAGAAUUAGAUGGUUUUUUAAAAUAUGUAAAUAAAAAGGGAAAUGCAUUUAUAGAGCAUUAUGAUCUGAAAGAGUAUGAUCCUUUUUACAUGAACAAAGAGGACCCAAAUUUUCUGAAGGUUACCAUCCCACCAUUUCGUGACCCUUUGAAAAAGGCACAAUAUGACAAAGAUGAUGGGAAAAGAAUUCUUCUUCAGUGUGAGACUGGCAAAAUAUAUACAAUGAAAGAAUUUAAAGAGGUUGAGAAGGCCAAACUGUAUUCCAGAUUCCCAGGAAUUUCUAAUUCAAGGCAUUUAAUGACUCCAAAUGAGUGGAUUAGACUGCCUCCAAACUACAUAGAAAGUGAAUUUUGUAAAAGGAGCAGGUUAAAAAUAAAAGUGAAUUUUAAUGAAAGCAGUUUUGACUUGAAACCCUCUGCAAGAACUCCUCAUCCGGAAUUCCAAAAAGAAGAUAAAGCAGUUCAUUAUAAGUUUUAGCAACCAAGGAGUACACACCCUGGUCCUUGACUGGUCAAAGAGGACACAAAAGAAGGCUGCUUCAAAGGAAGCCAUCUGUUGCAGGAAGCGCUCAGAUUGAGGACCAAGGAAAGCACUCAAGAAAUGUUCUCUAAGAAAAGCAUCUGCAAUGAACUUUGUCUUUGAGUCCAAUUGUCUGUAUGAUAAUUAAGAAAUGACCGUACUAUAUAUUGACAGUUACUGCAAAUUAUUUCCCAAAGGAGUUAAAUGUUGCCUCAGAGAUAUAAUAAAAAUACUAACUGUUGCCUUACUUA